CUUACAUUUCACACAUUCAAGUUUAGCACAAGAAUUCAGUUUUUAUUUAAUGUGCUUUUGCACAAUUUGUUUUUGAUUGGCGGUCGCGACGUUUUAUAAAUAGAUGUGCGCACCGAACAAAUACACGUCUGACUAUACCGACAGAAAAAUUACGAAUGACUCGAUAAGUCGCAGUGUACGUCAAAUAAUAUACGAUAUAUCGAUACAUUUUAGGAGCGUCGUGACAACUACGUCAUUUAGGCAAGCAGUUCAUAUUUGACAAUAAAUGUGUGACCGAUACAUCGUUCUGAAUACUCGAUAUUUCGACACGAAAUUAAACAGCAGUAAACUCGGUACGAUACUCGGGAAUGUUCCGUGCAAAAACGCGCGAAUAUUCCUUGUUACUUUUUUGGUAGCCAUUCCCCACGGAAUGGGAAUUAUAUUAAUUAUCAAGCCUUCGGUGGCCAAUCGUAUUUGGUUUGAUAUGACAUCCGAUGAUGAGGUACAAACCAAACGUUAUGAGGACGAGCGCAGGAAUUGGCGAGAAUCCUUGAAAACAGCUGCCACGGAUCUGCAGCCGCUGGGCAAGGUGCACACUAUAACCGGCGUGGAAACCGAUGAUGAGGACGCCAACGACGAUAGCGAGGACACCGACAGCCACGAUGAGGAGGACGAUGAGACCAACGAUCGGGUCAUUCCAGUCACACAGGAUUUUUACUCUGCCGAUGAUAUACAGAUGAACGAUGAGACCUCGCCCACAGCACCGUAAAGAAAGGCAUUGCAUAGAUACACCAUUUAGUUGAUUAAUGUCGCGAUUACAAAGUUCCCUUUACAAACUGUAAUAACAUAUUUCGUUUACUUUAAGCUUAAAUAAAUUAUAAACA